AACGUGCCCACGGCAGGGCUGUGGGAAAGUUCGGGAGAGAGAGCACCCACACAUUGUCAUGGUAAUGUUGGUGGGUGGAGGUGUUGGAGGCGCGAGGCUGUGGUGCGUAAAAUGCAUAUAUACAUCUGCAGAAGAGAGGGGCCCACAAGGACACGGACUGUGGAGCUCUCAGUUCGUCAGGUGGUUUGGUGCGUGCGCCUUGCAGCUCGAGGAUGACGGCCUUCAACAUGGGACACCGGGGAAAUGGGCGCGAGAGAAAUUUUAGCGCUAAAGAAGAACGAAAGUUGCGGAAGCCUCUAAUUGAGAAAAGGAGGCGGGAGCGCAUCAACUGCAGUCUGGAACAACUGAAAGGAAUCAUGGUGGAUGCAUACAACCUGGAUCAAUCUAAACUGGAGAAGGCUGAUGUACUGGAGGUUACUGUGCAACAUAUGGAGGGUCUGCAGAAAGGUCACGGUUCAGGUUCUCCUUCUGGUCCCAGUAUAGGGUUUGAGUCCCGGCAGCGCUACAGCAGUGGAUACAUGCAAUGUAUUCAUGAGGUCCACAACCUGCUCAAGAGCUGCGCAGGCAUGGACAAGCCACUGGGGGCCCGGCUCCUCAACCACCUGCUCAAGUCUUUGCACCACAUCAGCUCUGAGACUGGGGCUGGGAACACUGGUGGCAAUGGGACCAAUGGUAUCAAUGGGACUCCGACUAGGGCUAUUGGUAUGAGUAAUAGUAACAGUGGUUGCGUUGGUGGUGGUAGUAGUAAUGGUGGUAGUCCCAUGUCUGGAUCUGGGCCUGUCUCCCCUCCCCAGUCUCCACUUUCUCUGUCAUCUGAAGGUGGAGCGCAGUCACUCCAGCCUUGCUGUUUACAGAUGCAUCAUGCUACGCCCCCCCUUGCAGCCAUCACCCCCACCAAUAGGAAGCUCACCACUCCACGCCCUUUGCAGCCAGGUAUAUUCUGGUAGAGAUGGGAGGGAUCAGCAGAAGUCUGUCUCCUCCUCCCCUCCUUGCUCCCCCAAUCUGCCCCAGCCUGGGGUGUUUCACCCCGACCCCCUGUCCCCUUUUUCACCCCCCGGGGGAGACCCCUCCAUGUGGAGGCCUUGGUGAAGACCUCAGGGAACAGACAAACACACACACACCUUCCAUCAAGUUAGGUACCCUGAUUUUUUUUCCUGACCCCUUGACCUGACAAGGAAAAUGCCCAGGCAGUAGGCCGACUAGGGCCUGGAGUUUUCCCAGUCAGGUCAUAAACGCUGUGGCAAGGAAAAACUCAGGGCCCUUUUAUGUUUUAUGAAUCCCAUCUCAUGGGAUCGCUCAAUUCUGUUUUUCCUGGAUCUAGUUAAGGAUUCAGAAAAUGCAGAUCCAGGUGUAUCUGCAGUUUCACUUAUGUAAAGUUAAAACCAAUGUUUUGUGGUGCAACUGGGCCAGCCCCCUAGGAACAUGGCUCUGGUGCUCUGCUAUAGUAAAACAAUGCCAGCAGUUCUAUAGCCACAUGGCAACAUGAUAGGGUCUAAUUUUCACUUUUAAAUGUUUGGUCAUUUAUACAUUUUAGACAUACAAAUAUUUGUUUGAGAUUGGGGAAGAGUAAGCAUUAUAUCUACUUCAAGUUUGUACAGUUUUCUUGUUUUUUUGUCUUCCUAUGUUGUAAACUUCUCUUUUCAAAUAGUUCAUAUUUUGUGUUUUAGAAGUGAAUCACAAUGUUUUUGUUGAAUAUUUUGUCACUCAUCUUUAAUUGAUUGAUUAAUUAACUGAUACAACUGAUUUGGUAUUGAUUAAUUGAUUCAGGUCUAGUUAAAUUUGGAAAUUGAAACUCAACAACUCAUCCUUGUAUAUUACAAGAAUUUGCUAGGCUGUUUCAUAUUGAAGCAGCUCAAUAAAGUGUUAAUUGGCUGACAGUUGAAGUGUUGUAU